AUGCCAGCAGACGAGCCAGUCCACGUGUCUCCGUUCAAUGCCUUAUUGUGCCUGAUCAUCCUCGGGGUCAACGCAGCGACUCAGAGGUCAGGAGCCGAUCACUUCGCCAACGUACACCUCUCGCCAGCCCGUACCUCUCCGUUCAUAUGCCUAGCAGAUAUACUCACCACAGUGCUCUGGCUUGGCUAUGGAGUGCUCUUCAAGAGGAUUGGCUUCAAGGUCUCUGCAAAGAUGCUCUUCAAAGACUUUGGCUUCUCGGAAGAGGAAGAUACACUUGUCAAAGGGAAGGGUUGGCCUUGGAACAUUGUCCUCAUGAUCGUGUUCCUCGCUGGACCCAUGUUAGAGGCAAUAAAGCUCUUUGCCUUUGGAGCAACAGGAACCGCACCAUGGUUGCAAACAUUCGCUGCUGCCAUGUUCGUCACUGCGUACAUCGUGCGCGUCUCCGUCAACACCCUGAGCAGGCGUUGCGAAGACGAAAACGCGAUUCAAGAGCUCGCAAAUUCCAGGCCAGAACGACUCUUCAAGACCGCGGACUUCCUCUACGACCUCGCUUACUCGGCUCAGUUCCAUUUCUGGAUUGAAAUCUUUGGCAAGCUCGAAUUCUUUGCUGAGCCCAAUGCGGCAGUCGUCAUCACUGUACUGGUGAUGGUAAUCUUUCCUGCCUUGACUUCCUAUUUUUCCCCAAAAGAGGAUGUCCAAGGGAACCAGCCCGACGAGCAGGAAGCACAACAAGCCGCACCACACGCGCAUUGGAGACCAAGGAUUCUAAUGGGCCGCUGGGCUCUGGCAAACUGGGCAGAAGACGACCGACACAGGGCUUUUAUUGUGGCGUUUGUGAUUGCAAUAAGUACCCCAUCCGAUACCGCAUGGAGAACAAUCUUCAUCCCAUUGGCUGCAUUUGCUGUCGUGGUCUUGCAUCUGGCCCUCGUGUCUGUUGUCACCAGGAUUCUUCGCAAAGCCGAUCGACGACGCAGCAGCGCACAAGAGUCACUACAGGGAGACAGAGAAGAUCCAGGGCUGCCUCAAGAUCAACUGCGCGAAAGAUGGAACCCACUGUUGAGGGCAGAGAGUCCAGAGUGGAGAAACACUGUAAGCAUGGCUUUUGGGUUGAGCAACCUCACCUUCGUUUGCAUGUACUACUUCGGCGUAUACGAUGCCUCGAAGACUGUCAAGCCAGGUUGGCUAGAGGCAAUCUAG